GCUCCAUUCGCAUCUGCCUGUCUGACCUAAAAGGAACCCCUGGAUCUCACUCAAGUGGGGAACCACAGACCCGGGAACCCCACCCAGCCUAAAAGGGAGUGAGUCCACUACCAUGUCAGGCAUAACCCCUACCGUUCACCCCCCCAGUACCCAUGAGGCGCAGCAACAUCCAACGCGGCUGGAACUGGAAACUGGAACUCCUUCCGGUUCCUUUUUUUGCUGACACUUCCUGUCUAUCAUCUGAUCUUCCUCUCCUCUUUCCUCUUUCUUUUUCAACCUUCUUACAGUCAAUCCUUCCAACUAUCGUCAUUCUCUACCAGUGCUAUUCAGCCUGAGCCAGUCACUCCUUUUAAUAGUCGCUCUCUUCCCGCCUCGUGAAUAUCUUUUUAAUACCUUUCGUCGACAUUCCCGUUGCAGAAUAUCUUUUCACAAAGAACAUAACAUCAGCAACAAUGCAGUACUCUCUUGCCGCCAUCCUCGCCCUCGCUGGCUCGGUCGUUGCCCAGACUCCCGGCUUCCACCCCCUAGUCAAGCCCGCCAGCAAUGAGGUCAUUCCCGCUGGCAAGCCCUACACUCUUGAGUGGCAGUCCGGUGGCCAGGACGGUCCGGUCAACUUUGUCCUGACCGGAGGCGAGACUCACGCCACCCUCCAGGAGAUUGGCACCGUUGCCACUGGCAUCGACUCUACCCUGGGCAAGUACACCUGGAACGUCGCCUCCUCGCUCGGAGACCAGAAAGCCUACGGCCUCAAGAUCGUCCUGGCUUCGGACACCAGCGUCUUCCAGUGGUCGAACCCCUUCACCAUCAAGGCCUCUACCGAUAAGUCGACGACCAACAGCACUUCGUCUGCUACCUCGUCUACCACCACCUCUGCCUCGUCCACCACCACCACACCUGCCUCGACCACGAUCAAGGUCAACAGCACCACCAUCUCUUCCAACGCCUCCAUUACCGCCACCAAGUCCAGCGCUCCCGGCGUCGCCACCACUCUGACCCAGACCGCCACACAGGGCGUUGCCCAGUCCACCCGCACGACCACCCCUUCGUCUCCUCAGGCCACCGGUGCCGCCGCUGCCAUUGGCUUCAGCUCGGCUGCUCUGGUUGGCGGUGUCUUCAUGGCUGUUCUUGGUCUGUAAAUCAAAUCAUGAAAAAGGAAAUUAAUGUUUUUGUCAUUUUUUGAUUUGCAUGGUCUUGGGAAAUAUCGGAGGGAGGUAACCUGUAUACAGAAAAAUUCCGGGUCAGGUUUUUUUUAUUUCACAUUCGCGAAAGGUACAAAUGGGAUAGAUAAUAUCGCGUCUAUGGAUUACAUUUUUCACUUCUACUCCUUUGGGCGCAUUUACUGUCUAACCAUUCUAGUAUUUACGUUCAAUUGACCAUCUGCUUCUCACCCCCAAGACAAAUCUUUAAAAAAAAGUGC